CCUUAUCAAUACCAUAGAUAUGAGGUGUCAGUGGUGAUAAGAACCGAAACAUUUUAUUUAUUUAUCAUAUCAAUAUUUAUUCAUUAAGUGUGUAAAUCUAUUUAAGACAAAUAAUAGCCCUUGCACUUUAAUAUGUUCGUGACUAUAGAAUGGUGAGAAGAUAGUUAAACAUUUUAUUCCUCAUUAUACGUUAUGGCGGAAGGACAACGUGAAAAACUAGAAAUGAUCACUCUUCACAAAAUUUUAUUCACAAUUUGUGCUUUCUCCCUUUUAUACAAGUAUUAUACUAGCACUACCCCUAACAUUGUCCGCAUAAAAGACCCAAAGUUUAGUCUUUUAGGACCAUUUAACACGACCCAGAUAAAAGUUGAGGAUAAUUACAAUCAAUUGAUAGAUGUUAACGAAUUUAACUUUAUAAUUAACCCACAACCAUGUAAAAACUAUCCUAGUGGGUUACUGUUAAUGAUAAUUAUUUCCUCGAAUCCUAAUAAUCAUGAAAAUCGUAUGGUGAUACGUAGUACAUGGGGCCGGAAUCAUGAUUCUACUAAAGUGGUGUUCUUGAUCGGAGAACCUGAAAACGUGACUGUGUCGAACCAAGUGAAGAAUGAGAGCAUCAAGUAUGGUGAUAUUGUUCAAGGAAACUUUGUAGAUGUUUAUAGAAACAUGACUUAUAAACAUGUUAUGGGUUUGAAAUGGGUAGCGCACCACUGUCCAAAAGCAAAGUAUGUUUUGAAGACUGAUGAUGAUAUUGUGGUGAAUUCUCGCGAGAUGACCCACUUCCUGGCUAGGGAACUGUCUCCUUGGGGGGCUAAGGACCUCAUUGCUUGCCAGGUUUUAGAAAAUGCAAAAGUUCAAAGGUCUACAAAGUCUAAAUGGAAGGUGACCACGGAAGAAUAUUCCUCUGACUAUUAUCCUACUUACUGUGCAGGUUGGGCGAUCCUCUACUCUCAAGACGUCAUACCUCGGUUACUAAAAACAGCACAAUCAACACCAUACUUCUGGAUAGACGAUGUCCACAUAACUGGAGUCAUUGCCGAGAAGAUUGGAGUAGCCCGUACUCCUCUCUCCAGCUUGAUAUUAACACAAUCAAGUGUCAACAAGUUAAAAGUGUUUGGACCUAAGUAUGUUGGUCCGUUUGUCUUCGGCCCUCCAGAUUUAAGCACUGACAAAAUCAUAGAUAUUUGGUCAUCUAUUCCUGCAUAAGUUUUAUGUCAUACCUUAGGAUUGUAAAAUCACUGUUAUUUUAUAUUUGCCAGUAUUUUUUUGCAUUGUAUAUUGAUAAGAUAAGGUAGUACAAGUUGUUUUACUGUGAUGUGCAAGUGGCCUUAUGACCAUUUUAUAUUUAGCUUCUUAUCACAGAUCAUCUGCUAGGCAUAGAGCAAACUAUUUCUUACACAAAGAUAAAAAAAAAUCUUCUAUUAUUUCUGAUACAUAUUUAUGCUAUGUACUGCCAAGUUAUAUUAAAAACCAUUCUGUAUUUUUUGCAUAAAAGAGUAGUAAGCGUCUAUAAAUACCUACAUUCUAUGCCAAGUUAUGCAUUUGCUGUUUUGCAUUUUUUAAAUUUAGCGUAAUUAUUAUAGUAGGAUAUAUUUUAUGAUUAAUUCUUAUGGCGCUUUCACUAUUUAUUUUUGGUUGCGCAUUUAAUAGCCAUUGUAUUUAUUAAAGUUACUAUUAUUUAGUAUUAAAUAGACAAAGUUAUACAUAUUUAUAAUGUUGAAACUCUUUAGAGACAUCUUAAGUUAUGAAAUUAUAUUUAUUUUGCCAAAGAUCUGUAAUGCUAUAUCUUGAAUUCAGUUAAUCUGAGUUAAAUCUUAUGUUAGUUAGAAUGGUUGUAACCUAGGAAACAACCGAAUGUUUCGGUUUUUCAAACUGUAUGAAAAUAUAAAAAAUGUUGUUGCUGCAUAAUGUGUUAUUAAGAAUAGUAUUUUUAUUUCUAUGUUGUAAUUAUAAAUUGCAUAAUUAUGUUAAAAUGUAUGUUGCCAUGUUUUAAAAAAAUGUAGUAAUGUGCCUUGAGUAAAAUAGAUGUUAUACCAAAUAAACU